AUGAGCUGCGGCACUGACCCGAACCGCGCUGCAGGGAUGGCCCCUGACUCGGACCCUGGCCGGGCAGCUGUCGCCUCCGCUUACCAGGGCUUCGAGCCUCGCGCCUACCUCCGCAACAACUAUGCUCCUCCUCGUGGGGACCUGAGCAGCCCUGAUGGCGUUGGGCCUUGGAAAUUGCGCUGCAUGGCACAGACCUUUGCCACAGGUGAGGUGUCUGGACAGGUCCUCAUUGACAUUGGUUCAGGCCCCACCAUAUACCAGUUGCUCAGUGCCUGUGCCCACUUUGAGGACAUCACCAUGACAGAUUUCUUGGAGGUCAACCGGCAGGAGCUGGGACUCUGGCUUCGAGAGGAACCAGGAGCCUUUGACUGGAGUGUGUAUAGCCAGCAGGCAUGCCUCAUUGAAGGCAAGGGUGAGUCCUGGCAGGAGAAGGAACGCCAGCUACGAGCCAGGGUGAAGAGAGUCCUGCCCAUAGAUGUGCACCAGCCCCAGCCCCUGGGAACUUCCAGCCUGGCACCCCUGCCUGCUGAUGCCUUGGUUUCUGCCUUCUGCCUGGAGGCUGUGAGCCCAGAUCUCGCCAGCUUCCAGAGGGCUCUGCAUCACAUCACCACACUACUGAGGCCUGGGGGUCAUCUCCUCCUCAUCGGGGCCCUGGAGGAGUCGUGGUACCUUGCUGGGGAGGCCAGGCUGUCUGUGGUGCCAGUGUCAGAGGAGGAGGUGCGGGAGGCCCUGGUCCUUGGUGGUUAUGAGGUACGAGACUUUCGUACCUAUGUCAUGCCUGCCCACCUCCGCACAGGUGUAGAUGACGUCAAGAGCAUCUUCUUUGCCUGGGCUCAGAAGAUGGGGGUGCCGGUGUGA